GAAAAUCAUUCUUCUGAGCCAUGCAGAAGCGUACUCAGUACUCCUUUGAAACAAGCAGCUACCUCACAUUCGGUGCUGACAGAGAUACAGCCCAACUGUCAGCCUCUAACCACACCCCCAAAACCUAAAGAAGCCCUUCCAGCAGAUCCAUGGACCCCGACUUCGAACCUGAAAAUGCUGAUCAGCGCGGCUAGUCCCGAGAUAAGGAGCAGAGAACAGAGCAGGGAACUGUCAAACACCACAGGCGAGGUCCUACAGGCAAAACCCUGUUUGCAGGAGCACUUAUCGGGAGAUGAAUAUGAAAAAUCUCAACCAAGUCGGAAAGAGAAAAGUCUGGGAUUACUGUGUCAUAAAUUCUUAGCUCGAUAUCCUGAUUACCCCAGCACUGCAGAGAAUAAUUACAUUUGCCUUGACGAAGUAGCUGAAGAGCUUAAUGUUGAACGCAGACGCAUUUAUGAUAUUGUGAACGUGCUGGAGAGCCUGCACAUGGUGAGCCGCCUUGCCAAGAACAGAUACGCUUGGCAUGGGCGACAUAAUCUCUGCAAAACCCUUCAGGCUUUGAAAAAAGUUGGAGAAGAGAACAAAUACACACAGCAAAUUCAGAUGAUCAAGAAAAGAGAGUAUGAGCAUGAAUUUGAUCUUGAUGGUGAAAGAAACGAAGAAAUGGCAAGAGCUUUUGGCUCAAGUGAGCAUUCAGAAAUGUCUUUUGUUGAGCUCCCGGGAAUGGAGUUUCGUGCUGCAUCAGUAAAUAGCAGGAAAGACAAGUCUUUACGAGUGAUGAGUCAGAAAUUUGUGAUGCUGUUUCUUGUAUCGACGCCUCAAGUAGUAAGCCUUGAAGUUGCUGCUAAAAUCCUGAUAGGUGAAGACCAGUUAGAAGACUUAGAUAAAAGCAAGUUCAAAACCAAAGUCAGGAGACUUUAUGACAUAGCGAAUGUCCUCAGUAGCCUUGAGCUUAUCAAGAAAGUUCACGUUACAGAGGAGAGAGGUAGAAAACCAGCAUUCAAAUGGACAGGACCCGAGGUCUUGCUGAAUGUUCAGGAUACAAAACUUGAAACAACUUCUACGACCUGUCCCCCACCUACUUCAGAAUCCAUCACUUCCAAAGAGCAGUGUUCAAAAAAACUUUUUCCUUCCAGAGGAAAGCAAAACUUCACUCGGCAUCCAUCUCUGAUAAAGUUAGUUAAAAGUAUAGAAAAUGACAGAAGAAAGAUCCAGUCUGCUCCAACCAGUCCAGUUAAAACAAGCACAAGUACCAACCAAAAUGCAUCAGCUUUCCCCAGUAAAACAGCUCAGGUUCCAGCAGCCGCUGAACACCAGCUGGAAGGACAACCCAAGAAAGCCAAAGAGAUGCCAACAAAAUUAUCAAGAUCUGCUUUGGAAUGCAAUCUGUCCUCGCCUGAGGUAGGCCCCAAGCCCGAAGCUCCUGGCACCGCAGCACCCUCUCAGCAGGCAGCUCCCACACAGCCGCUGCGCGUCUGUCCCCCAAGCCACAGCUCGGUCUCGCCAGUAAUGCUACCUCACACGCACUCUGCUCUUUCGUACGCAAUAUAUCUGCAUCCUUCCCAAGCCCACACUGUGACACCAUACAGCCUGAGUUUCAUGCUGCAGCCUCUACCCUGUGCUAAUGGAACUGGAAUUAAGGGUAUUAAUUCCAGAGUAACCACUGAGGAAGGGGACAAUCGGAUAGCUACAGAUGAUCCAACCAAAUCCUUGACAGCUAAAGAAAGACCACCUGUAAAAUCACACACUCCACCACAGAAGUGCCCUAAAAGAUCCCAAGCAUUACAAGAGAAUGAUGUGACUAAAAGGCCUAGAGUUGACAAGGAAAGCCUUGAUCCUCCUCCG